GCAUGACCGGUUCUUUUAGUCAGCCCGCAGGCGGUUGUAUAACAAGAUGGCUUCUUUUAUCCGACGGUCCGACAUCGUGCCCUGUCUUAACUGGUAAUCAUAUCUGUCGUCUUCACUUAAGUCCUCACAUGGAAAUCCCCUGGCCCUUUACCUCGUCCCCAGUUCCUCCCUCAUGAUCGCCAUCAUCAUUCAACCGACCUUCGGGCCCGUCUCCUGAUCGGCUCUUCUCUUCACUUCUCUUCUUUCUGCGUCGCUCGCUCUCUGCCCCACAGCCCAGCCCAGCACAGCGUCGCCGAAUUUUCAAGCUCCUGGGAGAGAAAUGAGGGCACGAUCAUUAUGGAUGUGAAUCUGCACCGUGGUACAGUAUCGUAUUGCGGAAUGGUGGGGUGCGGGGGGUUAUCUCGGACUUUCUUCCCAUGCGCCAGAGCUCGUUAUAACCUUCCCUCGGAGGGGAGGAGGGGAGCAGGCUCAGAGGGGCUCAGGCCCUCUGUCCGGCAGGUGCUAAUAAAAAAAUGGAAUUCGAAAAUGACGCUGACCGAAACAGCUUUGCUUUUUCUUUUCCUCGCUGUAAGGUCCCCUCGGGGGCCGUGCAGCCAACAGUAGGAUGGACAUUUUGCCCCUCCUGCCCAGCACAGGAACAAAAAGCUUACAGCGAGAAUAUAUAAAUGCCGAGAUUUUUUCUUGGCAAUGUUAGGUCUUCUCUGUCGAACGCUUCACCAACCCAAUCCGGAACCCAGACUUGCAGUCACCAGCACACCCCACCAUGAGCACCGGAUCAUUUCAGGAGAGUGAGGAGCGAGGUAGGUACUUAAACACCUCGACCACGCCCCGCAACGAAGUGCGCUGAGUGUUUCAAGCAAUUCAAUGGGGGGAUACAAAGAGGGACCUUGGGCUCCACCCCCGCAGGCUCCUCCCCUAUGGUCCUGUUGGCUUGGCCGAGAGGAUCGAAUGAAUGUGACAUGAGGAAGGAGAGAGAGAGAGUGUGUGUGUGUGUAUAAGCGCACGCGAGCAUUCUCCCAGAAUUGUGAGUCGUGUGUUCGGAGCAUCUGUUGUAGGUCGUGACGGCACUCGCUUUCCACCAGUCGCUAUGAAAGGAUAAAACUGAUGGGUGCUCUCACUAUGAAGAAGAAGAAGGGUUGGUGCCAUGUGUGCACUACGUGCCAAUUUACCAAACGGUCGAUAUGAGCAUAUCUGUUCUUAUCUCAAGACUCGUACUCUUGGAGUGUGAUGACAAGGGAAAAGUCUGUGAAUGGAAAGAAGUUGCGGAGGAAGCGGGUGCGAGUUGUCGUCUGUCUGGAUGGAGACACUUUCUGCAGCUUUAUGUUCUUUGAAGCUCUUUUACUAUACAAGUUCAGACUUUGAACCCUAACCUUUGGUCAUAAACAUGGAACUUUUCGUGAAUGAUUUGUCGACAUGAAUGCUUCUCUUGGAACUGGUGAGAGAAAGAUACAUUCAUUCUCAUACACUUCUGUAUCACGUUGAGAAUGUUGCUGCGUUAAAGCCAUUCAUCUUUACGUGAACCACGAAACAUCUCCGGUUGUGGUGCUUCAGAGGGAAAAAAAACUCAGACGUUUGGAAUGUUCGACCCUUUUAUCGGAGAGUAUACUAGGACCACGAGAAUAUGUGGAUUGGCUGCUUCUUCACAAUCAAUCACGAACUGCCUUCUAUGAAUCCCGUUAUUUGUUCCUCAUGAAUGAAGUAGGAUCCUGAUACCCAAUGCUCAUAGGAUUCUCCCAGAUUUAUGGCUGUCUUGACAAGACCACCAACAGUUCCGCGGUUGUAGAGGACGAAUCGUCCGCCCCUAAAUUUGGGAGCCGUAGGAGGCGUUGUGUCUCCCUCUUGGUUACACGCUGGGGUCCUGGGGAUUUAUCCUCCUGCGAAUUAAUCAAUUUGUCGUCAUUAGGAUUUCUUUUAAUGAGAGACUACUGCGAACGCAAUUAAAGCCCGGUUCGCGUAGUACAUAGAGGACAUUAGAGGAUGAUGAAGAGUCCCAGAGGAGAUCGCCUUCGGGUCACUUCGUUACUAAUGGAGCCUGUGAAAGCGUGGCUUAUAACCCUAUGGCCUCAUUUACUUCGUCUUCGUUGGUUUCCGGACAAGAACAUCAGCAGUUUUCUUAUUUCAGCUCAUACUAUAAUGUUCAGUGGCCAAGAAGAGCACAAAAUUAGAGCUCUUGCUCGAAUGCUUCUCUGGGAUUAAUCCGAAUUGCCGAAGUGCAUCAUCAUUCGUCCACUCUUCCGGCCUGCUGUGCCUGGAGAAUUCUGCGUCUCUUCGAUGUCUGUUGUAGCGGGGGAGCUGAUGAUUGCUUGUUCAAAGCUGAAGAUAUUUUUCCUCUCGUUCACCCGAGAUGAGCAGCAAGACAUGCCUCGCGGCUUUCUUCCAGCAAUAUCAAAUCCCGACAUGGACCUCUGGUGCUAGUUCUCUGUAUCCUUCCCAAGUCGCACACUAAAUUGGUAUAGUAUUUGCCAUUCAACUGUAGCGAACUUGGAGAAGUCGUGUUCCCCUAGUCUUCCGACAGCAGUCGAGGACUGUACAAGAGAGUUUGGCUUCAUAGGGCGACAUAGGUCGACGGUGAGCGUCCAGUGCUUGCACAAACAACGAAGUAGCUGACUUGCCUGGUACUGUUGCGGAUAAGUUGGGUUAUCGUGGCUCUGACUCUUUCUUCUACAGCUGCGUGUAGAAAAAACCUACAUUUAGCUUCGAGGCUUUAUUCGAAAAUUCGUUGGGUUCUGGAAAGAUUUUUCUACGAUCCACUCACCAAUCAGAUCUGGUGUGGGAGCCUACAGAGGCGGAAAUCGAUUUCUCAACUUGAAACUUACAGUAUACGAAUGCACCACAAACUUGGGAAAAAUAGAUAGCCAAGCAUCCAGAGAGCAACGAAUUGCAUUCGCAGCUAGGACUAAGUGGACGAAAGCCAUCGUUGCACGUGGGUGGGUGAUAUGAACGAACAUUUUGUGUAACACUGUCAGUACUACAGUCUGAGAUUUGAGUUGCGUUGCUUUUACUUUUACAAAUCACCGAUUGAAUUUACUGUACGGUAGAUCAGGCGCACCACUGGACAUUUCUGCACCGACGGAUUGCAGACUCCGUUCUUCGGUACCAUGCAAUUGCUUCUGAACCUUGCAUGCAACGGAAGUGAUACAAGUCGUCCUGUGUCGGGACUCGGACUCGGACUCUUUGGCCCUCCGGCUCGCCACUACAACUUUAUGCUUUGCGAUUCAUUUCGUGCACAGAGGUCAGCAUGUCGAGCAUUUCUUACGUAUGUUUAGUACCACACUUCCGCUGGCCCGUACCGCUCGAGCGUCCCCUUACCUGCUCAUGUCGCACAAUAUCUCCCGCUGUCCUCCCAAAGUGUUCUGCUGCGCAAUCACUUCCGCAAGAAGCGACGCAUUCCAAAUUUACUCGCGCAACAAUCGCUCUCCAGUCUCGGCGCCAUAACAUUGAGCGCCUUUCCCGAGGCCACAUUACUGCGUUCGCACAUGGACCCCUAUCUGCAAAUCAGAGAUGGCUGUAUUCCCACUUGACCCUUACCCUUUACCCCAAAGUCUCCUCCCGGAAGCUGCCGCCGAUCCCUGGCCUCCGAUUCCAGUCCGAAUCGCAAUUCCCGGCACAAUUCGCGUUCGCUCAGCCUGUCCCCAAGUAAGUGGUGAUUACCGUGAAUAUAUAUAUAUAUAUAUAUAUAUAUCAAUAUCAAUAUAUUUAUUUCACAGUUUUAUGAAUUUUUGUAAUAUUAUUCUCCAAUGAACAAAUACUACUGAUUUUUAUUGUUCUUCUUCGAACCGAUCUCUCGUUUAAGACAUAUUGGUUCGAAGAAGAACAAUUUUGCUAUGCAGUUUCAGGUUCUGCGAGCCAAUAUUCAUGAGACACCUGUUUCUCGGAGAAGAGCGCACCACUCUCCAAGCCGGACAUGAAGAUGGACGUUUUUCUUCCACUCACAAGAAAUCCAGGUUCAGGGCUGAAGAAAAACAUGGACCGUGGCCGGUGUUGCCGGUUGACACGGUUUGGUCAGCUGCGUUCGUCGUUCGUUCAUUGAUCAAUCAAGUGCGCACGGAUAGGGUUCGCGAGUCUGGUGAUUUGGGCUUGCACGGUCACCAGACUGCACACCGGUCACCGCUGGCCGGUUAUUGCCUUCUAGUAGUACGCUUACCAGUCUGAAGUCUGAUAAUAUUGCCCAGGGUGAGUAAGAAGGCGACGCUUGGGGUUAAAAGACAAGAUGGCAUAUGCAAAGGCUCUGUUUUGAUUUCA